AUGCCAGAACAGGGCAGGAGUCACUGGCUGGACCGAUACGGAGCUGGGUACCACUCUUGGGCGGAAACAGAUGAGGGAUUCUCCAGACGCUGCGGACUCGUCGAGGCUGGCUUUGAUUCUGACGGUCGCUACUAUGAAGGCAGGGCCGAUAUGAGCGCUCUCCUGAGUCUUGGUGUUUUGACACAGCUACCACGCGAAAGGCUUCAUCGCCAUGUUCUUCUAGCCUUCACUCUGCUACGUUUACACCACCCGUUGCUGCGAGCCAAAGCAGAGCUCUGUUCUCUUGGAGUUGAGCCAUACUUCUCGGUGACGGUGCUUGCUACCGCCAAAGACGCAUUCAAUGAGGCUGCUUCGGCUUUAACUUUCAUGGAAGAAGAUGGCCACCAUGAGAUCGACAUGGACGACUUCUAUAUGCACGCACAAAACACUGCUAGGGUUAUCAUUGAAGACCAUGCCAUGGCUCGAGCAUUCGUUCUGCCGGAGGAGUCUUCGCAUGGCAACCGCCGUCUACUACGGGUCUUGUUCGUUAUGGCGCAUCAGAUCGCGGACGGUCUGUCUUGUCGGAAUUGGAUGAGCAGCUUGGUCAAGAUACUCAACAUACCCUCCAAGCAGAUCGAGGACCAAAUCAGCAUCGCUAUCUCCCCCGAAAUCACCCGCAAUUAUCUCCCUCCAGCCCAAGAAGACAUAUACCCACCAAUCAGUGGAUCGAAGGCCCGACAGCGAUGGUACUGGACCUUGACCAUUGUCUUGCGACACGUCCGGAAGCCCAUGCCGACCGCAUUCCCCAACCCACUGAGAAGAGUCACAGCACUGUCCGAGGCGAAGCCAAUACCGCAAACGUACCCGACAGCCUUUGACUAUUCCAGGAGUCCUCCACUGAACACGUCUUUUGUUACGGCUGUUUUAUCGAAGAAUGCUACAAAGCGGCUUCAUCGCCUCUCACGGGAAGCCGGUGCUAGCAUUGGUGCUGGCUGCUUUGUGCUGGUCGCAAUGUCAAUGAUGUCACUUCACGAAGCACGCUAUCCCGAAGAGCCUGACGAAGAACGCCGCCCCUUCAUAGGCAGUUUUCCCCUGAACCCGAGACCGUUCAUUGGUACCACAAGCCAAGACAGUGUCAUGUUGGCUUUCAGCGAGGGCAUAGUGCUUCCAUUCCUCCCUUCUCACCUGGAUCUCGAGGGCAGGUUUCGGUUACUGGUCCGGCAGGCAUCCAAACAGCUAUCUGUCUAUCAGAAGCGCAAGAGUCACCAGAACGCCGCAGAUCAAGUGGCAUCUAUGGGCAGCGGUGGGAUCGGCCGACUCAUAGCGUCAAAUUAUAUAGAUGCGAUCGAGAAGCUGCGGGCAAAGCUUCCACCCAAUCUGCAAGACACCGUACAGUCACCGAAGGGGAAGUACAAAGUCCCCGGUUACAGGAUUACGCGGGCCACUUGUGGUGUUAGCAGCGUUGGCCGCGUCUCCUGGUCUGACGCGCAGUUCGACCUCGAUACAGACCCCGACGAUGGAGUUAUUGCGAGUGUCGAGGCUUUCCGAUCGGGAGUGCGGGCCCGAGGGGGUGAAUUUCUCGUGUCGAUAGCGGGUGAAGGAGAUGUUAUCCGUGCGAAUGUCAGCUUUAAUGGCAAUGCGAUCGAUAAAGAACAAGCCCCUGACUGGGUUAGGAAGAUGGAAUCGAUGCUGGAGCCCGAUCAAGACCUGUAG